UAUUGUUAACCGGUGUACAGUCUAAAUAAACAUGGUGAAGCCGGGACGAAUACCUUUUUUCUUGACCGAAACAGGUCGUGAUAUAGUGUUCUACGGGUCCACAACUUUGGCAGUCGGUCUCUUCGCUGUACACUACUUGCCACAUACGUUGGGUAUCGGAUAUCUGAAAGAAUUCGUGCAAGCUUACAAAAGUGGGCAAGCUCAAACGCCAUCGGAGAAACUGCAGCAACGUUUUGAACGUGCCACCAGACUUUUGAAUUUAUCAAACUUUGAACGGAAAUAUGUCAAACCCUUCAUGGUGUGUGGUUUUGACGUAUUCAAUGCUGGCUCUAUGAAAUCUAAGAAUGGCGGCUUUGUCGGUAUUCCGGCCAACUUUGAAUAUGACAGUGCAGCGGAUAUCGAGAAAGGCGAAGUUGUUCUACAAGGGAAGAAGAUUGAUUGGUCCUCUGAGGCGGGAAAGCUACUUGAAGAGUGUUUGGUUUUGAAUGAGGAUGAGCAGGUCUUUGGAAUGGCUCGAGAAAUACUAAACCUAAAUUCUCAUAAACUGCUCUUGCAAUCCAUAAUACCAUCAGUUAUGUGGGUUUUUACAUAUAGCGUGGGUUAUCUUAUCAAUCGCAGGAAUAAUCUCUACAUUCGUCCGUUCUCGUUACGAUGCAUGUUAUAUGCAAUUUGUGGUACUUUCGGUUUUGGGCUAUAUUCGUUCUCUACGGACAUGAGUGAGAUGUAUUUCGAUACACAAAUAGAUAAACAACUGGCCGACUUGGGCCCUGACGUAUCGGAUGCAGGAGCACGAUUCUAUGAUAAAGUUUUGAAAAAGAACAUCGCCAUGCGAAAACUAACCGGAGAUGAUUAUUACACCGCUAAGGGUAAUAUCAAUUAUCUUCUCCGACAGAAGGCGGCUCCACUAACGAUGCGGAAAGAAUUCUUUGUCACCUCAUGCAAAACGAGCUUAGGCAGUAAAGAGAGUAGUUAAACAGUUAGUUUCGCAAAUAGAUAUAAUAAAAUAAAUAGUUAAUUAUAGUCAA